AUGCCUUACCAGGAGCCUCCCCGGAGUAGAUGGAACCCCUAUGGACAGUACGAGCUACCAAUGCUUCACCAAGGCCAAGGAAGCCACACACAUUUCAACGCUGAAGAAGAGGAGGAAGAGGAGCCACAAGCUUGUCUUUUGGAGCAUUCUGGAGCAUAUGGGACACAAGGAGCAUGGAGGGACUUGGCACAUGGAAGCAGCUCAACUGGAUACGCAAAGGAAGAAGGGAGAAGCCAUCUUGAAGACCAGCUCGACCGUCCACUCGACCAACCGGUCGAGUUCCUCAACUCGACCGGCCAAGCUUCAACUCGAUCGAGCUGGAAGUCAAAGUCAAACCCGAAAAAUGUUGCUUCCCCCUUGACUUUCCUUUGA